AUGACUUGAAAAGCUUAAAUACAAAUAAUGCUAAAGGUUCAAAUAUUAAUAUUGAUAAAAGUUUAAAUGCAAAUGUUGGUAAAAGUUUAAAUACUAAUAUUGCCAAUCUUAAUUGUAAAGAUAAAACCAAUCCUAUUUGUGAAGAUAAAGCCAAUUCUAUUCAUAAAGAUGAAACCAAUUCUAUCUGUAAGAAUAAAACCAAUUCUAUCUAUAAGAAUAAAGACAAUUCUAUCA